AUGUCAGACCUCGAAUCCCUCGAUGGGGCAACGUCACCCCACAGCGUGGUCAAGAUUGACAUCAAGCACCGCAGCAACAACCACAGCUAUGAGUUCCCUGAGACGGCAACGGUGACGGACCUAUUCGAGAUGAUUGAGGAGAAACUGCAGAUCCCGGUCGGCAACCAGAAGAUCCUGGUACCAAAGGCGCCGAUGCUGCAGUUCCCGCCCAAGAACCCAGAUCAGUCGCUGCGUGACCUAGAAGGCAAGAAGCUGAUGCUGAUGGGUUCGGCUGCGUCGACGGCAGACGAAGUGCGGGUUAUGGGAAAGAAGAUGGAGGAGCGACGCGUGGAGUCGAUGAGGCGUCGGCAGCAGCGACGGGCUGCAGCGGCAGCAGCCCCUGCAGCGCGCAAGACGACGCCCACGACAACGGAGACGCAGUACACAUUCCAGGAGGUGCGGCCGCUCCCGAUGCUACCGCGGCCGGAGCGCAGCAUGGCGCUCCUGAUGCGUCUCAAGUCGGACCCGGGCAUCGUCUCGGCCAUGCGCAAGCACAAGUUCUCGGUGGGGCUUCUGACCGAGAUGGAACCCCUGUCGCAUACGCAAUCGAAUCACGAGGGCACGUCGCGCAUCUUGGGUCUCAACCGCAACCGCGGCGAGGUGAUUGAGCUGCGUCUGCGCACCGAUGCCUACGACGGCUACCGUGACUACAAGACCAUCCGCAAGACGCUGUGCCACGAACUCGCCCACAACGUCCACAGCGAUCACGACCGCCACUUCUGGGACCUGUGCCAUCAGAUAGAGCGCGAGGUCGACGCUGCCGACUGGAAGACGGGCGGCCGCACCAUUGGUGAGACGUCACGCUAUCACAUCACCGGGCAGGCCGACGAGGAUGACGACGAGGAUGCCCAUUAUGAUGAGGGUGGUUGGACCGGCGGCGAAUUCGUCCUGGGUGGCGUCGCAGGUGCUUCGGCCGGUACAGACGCCAUGAGCAGGAGGGACAUCCUCGCCAGGGCUGCCACGGAGAGGCAGCGAAGGGAUAUCGAGUCGGAGCGUAAGGCCGAUGAGGGCUGGCGGCCAUGUCAGAGGCCGCCCAAGAAUGACGGAGCUCAGUAG